AACAAUUCUCAGCUCUCCUCUGGAUCUCUUCCCACCCCAGUUUUGACAGCUAAGCCAAGAGCCAAGACCCGCGCAACGGAGGUGGAGCUGGGAGCACAGCGCCCCGCCCAGGCACUUUGAAUUGCUGUCUUUUUACAGCAUGGACACCAGGCUGCUAACAACUUGCUUUGGGACUUCCAGUGAGUUCAUUUUUUGGGACUAUUUUAUGACAGCUUUGCUACAGGUUCCUUUUUGUGAGUUGAUGUUCUGAAGUUACUGUCACAAUGAGUUCAGCCCUAUGGAGCCAAGAGAAAGUUACUUCACCCUACUGGGAAGAACGGAUUUUUUAUCUGCUUCUUCAAGAAUGCAGUGUAACAGACAAACAGACACAGAAGCUCCUGAAAGUACCCAAAGGAAGUAUAGGACAGUACAUCCAAGACCGUUCUGUGGGGCAUUCAAGAGUUCCUUCCGCAAAAGGCAAGAAAAAUCAGAUUGGAUUAAAAAUCUUAGAGCAACCGCAUGCAGUUCUAUUUGUUGAUGAAAAGGAUGUUGUAGAAAUAAAUGAGAAAUUCACAGAGUUACUCUUGGCAAUUACCAACUGUGAAGAGAGGCUCAGCCUAUUUAGAAACAGAAUCCGACUAAGUAAAGGCCUCCAGGUAGACGUGGGCAGCCCUGUGAAAGUACAGCUGCGUUCUGGGGAAGAGAAAUUUCCAGGAGUUGUACGCUUCAGAGGACCUUUAUUAGCAGAGAGGACAGUGUCGGGGAUUUUCUUUGGAGUAGAAUUGCUGGAAGAAGGUCGUGGCCAAGGUUUCACUGAUGGGGUCUAUCAAGGGAAGCAGCUUUUUCAGUGCGAUGAAGACUGUGGAGUGUUUGUUGCAUUGGACAAGCUGGAACUCAUAGAAGAUGAUGACAAUGGACUAGAAAGUGAUUUUGCAGGCCCAGGGGAUACAAUGCAGGUUGAACCUCCCCCUUUGGAAAUAAACUCCAGAGUUUCUUUGAAGGUUGGAGAAAGUAUAGAAUCUGGAACAGUAAUAUUCUGUGAUGUUUUGCCUGGAAAAGAGAGUCUAGGAUAUUUUGUUGGUGUGGACAUGGAUAACCCUAUUGGCAACUGGGAUGGAAGGUUUGAUGGAGUACAGCUUUGUAGUUUUGCAAGUGUUGAAAGUACAGUUCUUCUGCACAUCAAUGACAUCAUCCCAGAUAGCAUGACACAGGAGAGGAGACCUCCCAAACUUGCCUUUAUGUCAAGAGGUGUUGGUGACAAAGGUUCAUCUAGUCAUAAUAAACCAAAGGUUACAGGAUCUACCUCAGACCCUGGAAGUAGAAGCAGAUCUGAAUUAUUUUAUAACUUAAAUGGGUCAUCUGUUGAUUCACAACAACAAUCCAAAUCCAAAAAUCCAUGGUACAUUGAUGAAGUUGCAGAAGACCCUGCAAAGUCACUUACAGAGCUGUCUCCAGACUUUGGACAUUCAUCAUCUCCACCACAACCUCCUUCCAUGAACUCCUUAUCCAGCGAGAACAGAUUUCACUCUUUACCCUUCAGCCUGACAAAGAUGCCCAAUACCAAUGGCAGCAUUGCUCACAGCCCGCUUUCAUUAUCAGUGCAGUCUGUGAUGGGGGAGCUGAACAGCACACCUGUCCAGGAGAGUCCACCCUUGCCCAUCUCUUCUGGUAAUGCACACGGUCUGGAGGUGGGCUCGCUAGCUGAAGUGAAAGAGAACCCCCCGUUCUAUGGGGUUAUCCGUUGGAUUGGCCAGCCUCCAGGGCUGAGUGAUGUGCUAGCUGGACUGGAACUGGAAGAUGAGUGUGCAGGCUGUACUGAUGGAACUUUCAGGGGCACGCGCUACUUCACCUGUGCCCUGAAGAAGGCGCUGUUCGUGAAACUGAAGAGCUGCAGACCCGACUCUAGGUUUGCGUCCUUGCAGCCUGUUCCUAAUCAGAUUGAAAGGUGUAAUUCUUUAGCAUUUGGAGGCUACUUAAGUGAAGUAGUAGAAGAAAAUACUCCACCAAGAAUGGAAAAGGAAGGUUUAGAGAUAAUGAUUGGAAAGAAAAAAGGCAUCCAGGGCCAUUACAAUUCUUGUUACUUAGACUCAACUUUAUUCUGCUUAUUUGCUUUUAGUUCUGCCCUGGACACUGUGUUACUUAGACCCAAAGAAAAGAAUGAUGUAGAGUAUUAUAGUGAGACUCAAGAGCUACUAAGGACAGAGAUAGUUAAUCCUCUGAGAAUAUAUGGAUAUGUGUGUGCCACAAAAAUUAUGAAACUGAGGAAAAUACUUGAAAAAGUUGAGGCUGCAUCAGGAUUUACCUCUGAAGAAAAAGAUCCUGAAGAAUUUCUAAAUAUCCUGUUUCAUGAUAUUUUAAGGGUUGAACCAUUGUUAAAAAUCAGAUCAGCAGGUCAAAAAGUUCAAGACUGUAACUUCUAUCAAAUUUUUAUGGAAAAAAAUGAGAAAGUUGGAGUUCCUACAAUUCAGCAGUUACUAGAAUGGUCUUUUAUCAACAGCAACCUGAAAUUUGCUGAGGCACCGUCAUGCUUGAUUAUCCAGAUGCCUCGGUUUGGAAAAGACUUUAAGCUAUUUAAAAAAAUUUUUCCUUCUCUGGAAUUAAAUAUAACAGAUUUGCUUGAAGACACUCCCAGGCAGUGCCGCAUCUGUGGAGGACUUGCAAUGUAUGAGUGUAGAGAGUGCUAUGAUGACCCUGACAUCUCAGCAGGGAAGAUCAAGCAGUUCUGUAAGACCUGCAGCACUCAGGUUCACCUCCAUCCCAGGAGGUUGAAUCAUACAUAUCACCCAGUAUCACUUCCCAAAGACUUACCUGACUGGGACUGGAGACAUGGCUGCAUCCCCUGUCAGAAGAUGGAGUUAUUUGCUGUUCUCUGCAUAGAAACGAGCCACUAUGUUGCUUUUGUGAAGUAUGGGAAGGAUGACUCUGCCUGGCUCUUCUUUGACAGCAUGGCUGAUAGAGAUGGUGGUCAGAAUGGCUUCAACAUUCCACAAGUGACACCCUGCCCGGAAGUGGGAGAGUACUUGAAGAUGUCUCUGGAGGACCUGCACUCUUUGGAUUCCAGAAGGAUUCAAGGCUGUGCACGCAGACUUCUUUGUGAUGCAUACAUGUGCAUGUACCAGAGUCCAACCAUGAGCUUGUACAAAUAACAGGUCAUCUGAAAUGGGCAGAGACCGAGCACAAAGCUUAGCGCUGUGUUUUCCUCUAGCUGGCGGUUCUGUCCGGUGCCCAUUGCCGGCAAUGGGUGUCUUUUGUGAUGAUGGCCCUUCAGCAAAGGAUUCCUGUGUUUCCAAACAAAUUGCUUUUGUGUUCUUGAAGUAUUUAAUAAGAAGCAUUUUGCACUCUAGGAAGUAUGUUUGUGUUGGUUUUUUAAGAAGUCUAAAUGAAGUUAUUAAUACCUGAAACUUUAAGUUAACUGCAUUGAUGAUAUGAUAUUUUUGGAAGCAUACAAUUUUAAUUGUGACAUCCGAAACAUCUUUUAGUCCAUUGAGGAUGUAAAUAAAUAUUUCUUCUUAUGGACCAAG